AUGGAGUUGCUGCAGCUAAUUGAUUUUAUUGCUGCAGUUGUCUCUACAGAAAAAUCUCUACACGUGCAGCAGCAAGACAGCAGCAGCAGCAGCAGCAGCAGCAGCGGUGGUGGUGGUGGUGAUCGUGGGGGUGGGGGGAGCUGUCAGGUGUCUCCUUCCAGCAGCAGGAGAAGCUGUUCCGCUUCUUCUGAAGCUGCAGCAGCAGCAGAGACACAGCAGCAGCAAACCACUACUACGCAGACAGAAGGAGAAUGUGCAGAGACACUUGAGCACCGUCUCCUUAACUGUGAUGUUAGCGCCUUCUUAGCGAUACCUCGAUUUGUUUGUCUCUUUUAUUUAUUAGACCCUGUACACCGCCUGCAUAUUUUAAAACCCUUUCUCCCGCGUUUAUUGGCCAAUGAAGACCAAUUUGACAGCAGCAGCUGUACAGACACCUCAAACGGAGACACAGAAGAACAUAUGUCUCCUUCAAGCAACUCUCCUAUGCACCACCCAAAUCAACCUCCCCCUCCUGCUGCUCCUUCUGGUGCUGCUGCUGCUGCUGCUGCUGCUGCUGCUGCUGUUGCGGGGGCCCCUCAAAGUUCAGGGGCCCCCUUCAGCUGUCUCCCUCAGCACGGAGAGGCUGCUGUCGGUGUCGCUGUCUCCAUUCCUGCUGCACCCUCUACGUCAACAGCAGCAGCAGCAGGAGCUGCAGCAGCAGGAGCAGCAGCAGCAGAGAGUGCUGGGGGCUCCGAGUCUCGCACUGCGCAGCAGCAGCAGACGGGGGCCCCUGAAGCACUUUGGCAGCAGAAGAGACAGCUGAGGCGUCUGAAGUGUAUAGACAGAGGAAGCAAAGAAGGAGACAGUAGCAGCUCUUCUGUUCAAAAGGAUUCAGACGGCAUGGAGACAGCAGAUAGCACAGAUGUCUCUUCAUCUUUAUCUGUCUCCUUAAACGACAGCGCGCAAGAGAGAAGCUCUCAGCUGCAGCAGCAACACUACCACGAGCAGCGGCAGCAACAGCAGCAACACUACGAGCAGCAACAGCACGAGCAGCAGGAGCAGCAGCACCACCGCGAACAACUGCAGCAGCAGCAGCACUGCAACCAGCAGCAGCAGCAGCACUACAACCAGCAGCAGCAGCAGCAGCAGCAGCAGCAGCAGCAGGGUGCGGAGUAUGCUGAAGAAGGUGCCUGCUGCUUUGCGCGACAUGGUCUUAGCCUGGGUCUCCUUGCAAGAUUGGGUUGA